UUUUACUCUAUUCCAAAGACAAUUAUGCGUAAUUAUAGUGUUGCAUUGCCCACGUGAUUUGUUAGGCGUUACAUAUUACGCGAUUGACUCGCCUCCAGUAGGAACAAUCACCGAAUCGUGCAACAAAAGGCGCCGCAUCAUAAUGCACAAAAAUACAAAGAGCGCGUGAAGCCCACUUUCGAGUCACCGAAUUUUCCAUUCUGCAAUUGGAAUUGGGUAGGCGAGCAAACAGCGAAGCCUUAAGGCAGGGAGACAAAUAAAUAUCUGGUUGACAUUGGCCGAAGAUAUUAUCGCUUUUGAUGACGUGGCACCUAUCUGAGGAUGACACGUGUUAAAGCGUCGCUAUGUGGAGCCUUCAUUGGCCCCAACCCCAACAACUGAACAACAUCGCCGUUCUCUUCCCUCUCCUCUCUCGAUUUUCUCUGCUAAAUUGUAGGAACAAUUUUCUUUUUAAAUUAAACAAUUUUCACGUUUUUUUUUUUAUUUCAAAGGACAAAAAAAAAGGGAAGGAAAAUACAAUGGGAGACAAUCUCCGGCGAAGUUUUCCGUUUCCGGAUCCGUCUUCAGAUCCCCAGGCUUGUGUAAGUGAGUUGACUCGAACGAACUCGGACUCCUCUGGCUCUGGCGUAGCCAUUGAGAGCUUCAGAGAUCCAACUGCAAAUGCAAGACUGGGUCAAACUAUGGUUUGGACAAAUGAGAAGCACAGCUCGUAUCUUGAGUUCUUAGAAGCAUCAUUUGUUAAGCAGUUGCAUUGUUCUAUGAGUUUGCGUGGCUGUCACCCACGAGAGGAAAUAUGGGAGCCAUGUCCAACACCACAACUGCCAGCCAAAGGACAUAAUUAUUCUCAUCAGUUAUUGGAUCUACAAGAUUGCUGCUGCCAUAAGAUAAACUGUGAGAGCAAAGACCCUUUGGAAAGCACUGCUGAUUCUAGUGAUAUCUCGCGAAGUCCAUGGUUACAUCAUUUUAUGUCUUCAGGCAAAAGCAGCUCAGCAACAUUUCCUGUUCCAAGAGAAACUGCUGUUUCCAGUGAUGGAAUCUACUUGAGAAGUAAUACAAACUUGGGUGGCUGCACCACUGAAUUCUCAGAUCAGAAUUUUGUGGAUGAAGACCAAAGAGAAAAUACCAGCUGUGUGACUGGGGCAAAACGCUUGAAGAUGGUGACAAUGCUUGAUGCUUCAAGCAACAGUCAAGUUGUGCCACUUGGAAAAUUAAAUUCAGUAGAUGACGCAAUCAUUAGUAAUACAUCUGCAAAAAGAGGAAACAAGAAAUCUCUGUCAAAGCACCCGGAGAGCUUCAUCUGCCGAAAGUCUGACAUACGUCACUUUCUAAGGGAGAGUUAAAUUACUACCAUGAACCAAAAAAGUCAAUGAUACAUGUUGGCCCUAAAGACAAGUGACAAAUUCAGCAAGUUCGUACCCGCUGCUUGUUUGAAGAAGAAUGCUGGGAGAAAAUUUCGAACGAGGAACCGAUUGCUGGUUCUGAAUGGCCACACUUGUUGGGCACAACAUGCUGAUUGUGCAGUUAGAAGAUUUGACAUAGAUUUAAGGAAGAAUUCUUUUGUUCUUUUGCCCUCUUUUGUUAUUGGAUCUGCACUGCUAUUUGCUUAUACCUAGCUUGCAUGCUAACUAA